CGUGGGUUGAAUCGACUCGGUAACCUGCCCAGGUUUACACUCUUAUUUUACAUGUUUUGCAAAAUAACUAUGUGUUCAUUGUACUUCUGAUAGUACCCAAAGACCUCUACAUUCCAGUAUUGUGACCUAAGUGUGUGUUAAAGCCAUGGGAGAUGAAUUACAGAUGAUUUCCUUGAAAUUUCCAUCAAGGAAUCAUUCGUAUUCUUUUGUGUCGCUCUUUUUCAAGCUCAGUUUUCUCGCCUCCCAUAUAAUGUUUCACCACAAAUACUAUUUUGUCUUACCGAUGAAACGUUAUGCUGCCAUCCCCGCCUCUGUGGGCGCAACCAAAGGCAGAGUAAGCCGGCAUGAAUGCAAAAUGUUGAGGUGUGUGGGUGUCGCGCGUCCGGCCAGCCUGGCAGUGUUAUGGGCCAAGACUGCUUCACUCCUGUGACGUCAUGCCCUCUCCUUGUAUUCUUCCUCCAAGAGCAGCAGUGUAAACACCUUCCCGUGCUCUGAUUGGAGGGACAUUGGAAUGCAUCGUGUGGAGGCAGCGGCGUGCCAGCCGUAGAAUAUGAGUGGCAAAAUUUUCAACACUACCUUCCACCGCUGAUUGUGUAAUACUGACAGCAUGACACCAUGUCGGACUUGUUUGACUUAUCCUUUAUUGCAUGAAGGAAAUAUCUGACAAGAGGCCGCACUGAUGCAUUGCUAUUAACCACGGGAUUGAGUGUUAGAGGAUAUGUCGAUGAAUGCUCUUAGUUUGCCAUCAGUAAUCAUUAUAACGACAUGAAUAAUGCACAACACUCAGAUUUUUUCAGGUAAACAUGAUAAUGGCCAUUACAACUCUGAUAAUUUGCUAAUUUGGUACAGAAAAAUGUCAAUUAAGCCUCGCUCGACCCCGGAACGCCGCAGCGCUUGGCUCUGGCAGCGACUCCAGCAGGGCCACCAGAUGGCUGGUCUGUUCAGUGCAGCACCCCAUUCAAAGGAGUCGGUUUGGUGUUAUUUGCAGUGGCGGCUCAUCAAUAGGGACUGUGAGACUGCAGCCACCCCAGUGGAUUUCUUGGAUUCACGAAAAUAAUGUUAAUUUAUUUAUGUUUGACUAUCAUUCACAUGAAACACCCAAUCUCAUAUAUUUAUAUGAAAAAAAUACUGCAAAACAAUGAAGAAGUACGUAAAUUAUUUACGAUUUAAUGAUAAGCGCGGAGGCAGCAGGAGAGAGAUACAGAUAUAGAGAGAGAAAGGGGGGGAGGCUUCCCGCCCGGUAUGGAGAGUGUGGACUGCCUCCCACGCAGUCUUGUCUCAGCUGUUGUUGUGGGGAGGUAUGUGUUCUUGCGUCGCUCUUAUUUUCGAUCGUGUUUUUCAAUUUGCCAGGGAUGAUUUUAAAAUAUUAUUGAUAGUGAUGGCUUGUGCUCAAUUUUAAUUAUCGUUGAUGGUAUAAAAUCACAGAAACAUCGUAUAAAAUAGUAUUUUUCGGUAUUUUUUUUUACUCGUACACCAGUCUCGAGAUGGCUUUACUUACCCUUCUCAUCUGAUAGAGCUUUUCAUCCUGAGUAAUUUGAACCCCAUAUAUACCCACCGCAAAUUAUUUAUUAUGUUGACAGUGAUUUUUAAAGAUUUACCUAUUUCAGGCAAACGCCCAUUUGGGCAGGCUAGGUUACUAUCGAGUGGCUAGGUUACUAUCGAGUGGCUAGGUUACGAUCGAGUGGCUAGGUUACUAUCGAGUGGCUAGGUUACUAUCGAGUGGCUAGGUUACGAUCGAGUGGCUAGGUUACUAUCGAGUGGCUAGGUUACUAUCGAGUGGCUAGGUUACGAUUGAGUGGCUAGGUUACUAUCGAGUGGCUAGGUUACUAUCGAGUGGCUAGGUUACUAUCGAGUGGCUAGGUUAGUAAGGUUACGAUCCAAGGUCUUAAUGAUCUUUAGUUUCGUUUCCCGUAGGAAAUUCCUAUGGCUGCGUGUACUGUGAGUGUGUGCCGCUGCUGCUUCUCAUUUGUGAGGACGAAACUAUUUUUUUCUGGUAGAUUUCGGUCUGUUUUGUAUUAAUCUGCUCUUUGUUUUUGUCGCAAAUCACUAGUUUCUGAGGGUGGGGGGGAUGGAAUAAAAAAAAAACUAAUGAUUUGCGAGGGAAACAACAAGCAGAUUAAUUCAAAACAGACCGAAAUCUACCAGGAAAAAAUAGUUUCGUCCAAAGUAGAGAGACUGGUGUAUGUGUAAAAAUUUACCUAUUUUUCUUCUUUUCAUAGGCAAGCCUAGCAUUAUUUUGCAAAAUGGCACAAGAAGCAAAGACGGUUUCUGCAUUGAAAGAACUCAAUUUUUCACAGUUAACACUUCAAGAGAAGGUAGCAGUUAAACAAGCAGGUCGCCCAUUACCAGACAUUAAAAUUGUACAAGAAGGAGUAAGCCACAACAAGAAGUAUAUUCGCAGUUUUAAUUGUGAUUGGUACCAAAGGAAAACAUGGCUCUGUGGAUGUGAAGUUAAGAAUGCACUAUUUUGCUUUCCAUGUCUGUUGUUUGGAGGCGAUUCAGUGUGGUCCAAAGAUGGUUUUGCAUGCAUAAAGAACUUGAAAGAAAAAACAGAGAAACACGAGAAUUCCAGGAAGCAUAUUGAUAAUGUCAUUUCUCUAUCUGUUCUUGGGAGUGUAAACAUUAAAGAAAGACUUAGUGAGGCAUACAGACUUUCAGUAAAUGCACAUAAUAAGAAGGUUACCAAGAAUCGUGAAAUUUUGUCCAAGAUUAUAGACUGCAUAAAAUUUUGUGGACAUUUUGAGCUACCUUUGCGUGGACAUGAUGAAACUGAUGACUCGGCUAAUCCAGGUGUAUUUAGAGGACUGAUAAAUCAUGCAUCACAAUUAGAUCCAGACUUGCGGGCCCAUUUAGAAAGUAAUGCAGUCUUCAAAGGUGUCUCCAAGACUAUUCAGAAUGAAAUUCUCGACUGUCUGCUGCAAAUAUAUCGUGAUCAGAUCAGAAAAGAAAUUAAAGAAGCUCCCUUUGUUGCUGUUAUGGCAGACGACACUACGGACGUUUCAGAACACACUCAAAUGGUUAUUGUUCUAAGAUACUUGCUAGGUGAAGAGGUUGUUGAGAGAUUUUGGGGAUUUUUCACUCCAGAAAAUCAAACAGCAGAUGGGUUAUCAAAAUGCAUCCUUGAUCAGUUAAACACAGUCCUUGAAGGGAAUGCAGAGAAACUGAUUGCUCAAACAUUCGAUGGUGCAAGUGUUAUGAAAGGUAAGAAGGGGGGAGUUCAGGCUAAAAUCAAAUCAGUGUACAAUAACGCCCACUUCAUUCACUGUUAUGCCCACCAACUUAAUCUUAUUAUGCAAAAUGCUGCAAGUGUUACACGGGGUUCACGAAUAUUUUUCUCUAACCUUUCGGGCAUAGCAGCAUUUUUUCAAGGUCACCUCUACGUUUAAAUGUUCUUACAAAGCACAUGACUAGCCGCAUUCCACGCCCAUCUGCUACAAGGUGGAACUUUCAUAGUCGCACUGUCAACAAGGUUUAUGAACAUUUUGAACCCUUGAAAAAAUGCAUGGAGGAAAUACAGAGUACAUCAAAUGCUACUAUAACCAUACGAGAAGCAACAGGUAUUUUGAACACCCUAAAUGAUGAAAGUUUUAAGUUUUGGUUGGAGCUUUUCCACCAGAUAGUGCCUCAUGUAGAAGUGAUUUUUCACCAAAUGCAGUGUAGAGACAUUGAUGUGACUAAAGCACAUGAGUUCAUUACAAACUUCAAAAGGGCCAUUUCUAAAAUAAGAAAUUCCAAAUACUGUGAAAAUCCCACAAAAACACUCAUGGCUGAAGCAAAAGAAGUGUGUGACUGUGUGUGCUGACAUAGCUGAGAGAUUUUCUUUCACUAAACAAUUAGUAGCUGCUAAAUUGUUCAAUAAAGACUGUUUCACUAACUUCAAGCAAAAAGUUACUUUAGAAGAAGUUGAAGUAGCCACUGAAGCUUACCCCAUCAUUGCCAAAGAAAGACUUUUGACUGAACUUAGAGCAUUCUAUGACAGAAGUGAUUUGCAUGAGUUUUCCAAAUUGAGUGAACUAUUAAAGAUUGUCAAUGAAAAUAACUUAGGUGAUGUACUCUGUGAAUUGACAAAACUUAUAAAAAUUCUUUUGACAAUUCCAAUGACUACAGCAGAGCCCGAACGUUGUUUUUCAACCCUGAGGAGGGUCAAAACUUUCUUAAGGAGCACUAUGAAUCAGGAGAGGCUAAAUGCACUUGCCAUGAUUUCAAUAGAGAAGAUUUCUAUAAAUAAUAUGCCAGGUCUAAAUGAAAACGUUAUUGAUCUGUUUGCACAAAACAGGAACAGGAGAAUGGACUUCCUUUUCAAAUAGCCUAAGCCUGCACUGAGGAAGUCAAGCAUUUACUGGUAAGAUAAGGCCUAAGAAAUUAAAUAAUUAUCUAUAUAUCUAUAUAAUCUAUGUCAAUGGUAUGUUAAACAAUAACAAUAAAAACAUUUAAGAUUUCAUUUAUGUCUGAAUGUGAGACAGCCCCCCCAUCAAUAACAGUCACGAGCCGCCACUGGUUA